AUGGAAGAACACUUGGCAAUGGAUGUGGACGAUCAUCCCAUGAGAGAUGCUGACAUGGCAAACGGAGUCAGUCAUGACACUGGAGCGCGGCCUGAGGAUGACGACGAUACUGCUUCUGAAGAAGUCAGCUAUGAGGAUGGCACCGACCUUGAUGCGCAGGACCUGGCCCUGGAGCAGCUUAGACGGCGUGGACUGCUUCCCACCGGCUGUUGCUACGAUGAUCGUAUGAAACUGCACAUGAAUGCAGAUUUCAGCCCAAAUACCCACCAUCCUGAGGAUCCGCGUCGCAUUCACGAAAUCUUCAAGGCUUUCAAGCGGGUCGGUCUGGUGUACUCUGGGCCAGAAGCUGAGCUGCCAAAAAUAAUCAAGGAAUGCCCUACACGAUACAUGUGGAGGAUUCCCGUUCGUCCCGCGACUCGCGAGGAGAUUUGUCUGGCACACUCUUCCGAACACAUGACCUGGGUGGAACAACUGGACAAGCUGAGCACGGCUGAGCUUCGCGAACUGACAAAGAGAUACGACCAGGGACGAGAAUCUCUCUACGUCGGAAGCAUGUCAUAUCCCGCUGCUCUUCUAUCCGCCGGUGGUGCUAUUGAUACCUGCAAGAAUGUGGUGGCUGGCCAGGUCAAGAAUGCAUUUGCCGUCAUCAGACCUCCCGGACAUCAUGCCGAAUAUGAUGCUCCAAUGGGCUUCUGCUUUUUCAACAACGUACCAGUCGCCGUUCGUGUAUGCCAGCAGGAUUACUCGGAUGUUUGCCGCAAAGUUCUUAUUCUAGAUUGGGAUGUUCACCAUGGAAAUGGCAUCCAAAACAUAUUUUAUGACGAUCCCAACGUCCUCUAUAUUUCUAUUCACGUCUACCAAAAUGGCAAUUUUUACCCCGGGAAGCCUCCAAACCCGGAAACACCAGACGGAGGAAUCGAAAACUGUGGCACUGGCCCUGGCCUGGGAAAGAACAUCAACAUUGGCUGGCACGACCAAGGCAUGGGCGACGGCGAAUACAUGGCUGCCUUCCAAAGGAUCGUCAUGCCUAUUGCAAAAGAGUUCAAUCCUGACCUUGUAGUUAUAUCUGCUGGCUUUGAUGCGGCAGACGGGGACGAGCUGGGUGGAUGUUUUGUCACUCCGCCCUGCUACGCACACAUGACCCAUAUGCUCAUGUCUCUGGCUGACGGCAAGGUGGCCGUAUGUCUCGAAGGAGGGUACAAUCUUUCCGCCAUCUCGAACUCUGCGGUGGCCGUUGCACGCACGCUCAUGGGAGAACCGCCACCAAAGAUGAUAAUACCGAAGCUCAACAAGGAAGCUGCACGAACGCUGGCAAAGGUUCAAGCUUACCAGGCUCCUUACUGGGAAUGCAUGCGUCCAGGAGUAGUCGACGUUCCUGCUGUUCAGUCUCUAAACGCAAAUCGCUUACAUGACGUAAUACGGAGUGCCCAACGGCUACUUCUGCAGGAGAAGCAUAACAUGCUUCCUCUUUAUGUUCAAAGAGACCAGUUAUACAAGUCGUUCGAAAACCAGGUUCUGGUUACGCCGAAUCUUCACAAUUCUAGAAGGAUGCUGGUCAUCAUUCACGACCCCCCGCAAUUACUCGCACAACCAGACGCCAUUGAUUCGUCAUUGGAAGCGCAUAAUGCAUGGGUGGUGGACGGAGUGACCCAGUAUAUCGACUGGGCUGUCGGUCAGAAAUUUGGCAUCAUGGAUAUUAACGUGCCGCCUUACAUUACGAACGACGAUGACAUGGAUUCUUAUAUUCCGGGCUAUAAAGAAAGGGCCCUCCAAGAGCAAGUUCAACAGCUUAUGAACUAUCUUUGGGAUAAUUUCUUGCAAUUGUAUGACGCGGAUGAGAUCUUUCUUAUGGGAGUAGGUAAUGCCUACCUCGGGGUAAAGGUCCUUUUAAUUAAUCGAGAUUGCAAAUCGAAAAUAUCUGGAGUUGUGAACUUUGUCACAGGAAAUUUGCGUCCAGUCAAGUCCGACAUCGAUCCAGACCUUUCAUCAUGGUACAAAGAGAAUUCAAGGGUCUAUGUUGCCAGCGACCAUGCCUGUUGGUCAGAUCAUGACUUGACCAAGAAGGUGCAGAAACGAAGAUUCGGAACUGUUGUUCGCAGUCCUAAGCUCGGCCUCAAUAAGAUGAUGCAAGAGCAUGCAGACGAAGCACAGGAAUGGAUUCUGGCGCGGGUCUCGACUACAAGCGGCGGUGACACCACAGAAGAGGAAGAUGAAGACGAAGAGAACGGCGGCACUAAGUCCACUUAA